AUGGCGCCGCUGCCUCCGCGACUCUCUCUCCUCUCUCUCCCUCACAGGCUUCCCGGCGCCCGGUGGCGGCUGUUGGGCGACGAUCCCAUCCUGAGGCCGCUCGGAAUCGGCUCCGCUCCGACAGCAGAGGCGGCUCGGACGGGCGUCGUUUCCCUUCCUCGCAUCGGUGAAGUGGCCGGCAGGACGGCCGCGGCCAGAAUGCCGCGCGAGGAGGAGCGCGGCUGCCUCCCGACGCCCCCUGCUUUCGCCGCCUGCUUUUUCCUCCUGUCGCUUUGCACCCGGGCCUUAAUUCUAAAUGUUGCUGCUGAAGAGGCAAAGGACCAAGCCGAGCUGCUGUCACAGACAUCUGAAAAAAAUGGAAACUCAAGUAAAAUAAGCAAAGAACUAAAAGAAAUAGUGUUUGUCAUCCAGAGUCAAAGGAAUUCUUUUCAUUUGAAGAAAGCAGAAGACCUAAAACAAAAUAUUUUAAGGCAGGCUACAGCUCUGGGAAAGGAGAUGCCUACAGUUCUGCUUAUUCAUCAGAUGGACAAGCAUGAAGGUGCAUGGACCAUUCUGCCAUUAAUGCAUGAGUUUUCUGUUGCCUAUGGCAAAAAUUCUUCAUGGAUAUUUUUCUGUGAAGAAGAUACAAGAAUACAUAUUGUAAAGCUACUGAAAUCGCUUAGAAGAUAUGACAAGUCUAAGGAUUUUUUUUUAGGCAAAGCAUUACAUGAUGAUGAAUCUACAAUUAUUCACCAUUACGCCUUUGCAGAAAACCCUGCAGUUUUUAAAUUUCCAGAUUUUGCUGCUGGCUGGGCACUUAGUAUUCCACUUGUAAGGAAGCUUGCAAAGAGACUGAAAAAUGAACCUCUAAAAUCAGAUUUUACAAUAGAUUUAAAACAUGAGAUUGCACUAUAUAUCUGGGAGAAAGGGAAUGGACCACAUCUUACCACAGUGCCUGAGUUUUGUACAGAUGACUUUGAUUCUCCUAAUACUGCUCACUGUGCCACUACAUUUGUGAAUUUCCUCCCACUUUGUGGAGAUCCUGUGAAGAAAACAGAUAUCUUUGUUGCUGUAAAAACAUGCAGGAAAUUCCAUGGAGACAGAAUACCCAUUGUAAAACAGACCUGGGAAGGAGAGGCCACUCUUCUUGAAUAUUAUAGUGAUUAUGCAGAAAGUUCAAUACCCACGGUUGAUUUAGGAGUGCCAAAUACUGAUAGAGGUCAUUGUGGGAAGACUUUUGCCAUUCUGGAAAGAUUUUUAAAUCAUAGUCCUGCUACAACGCCUUGGUUAGUCAUUGUGGAUGAUGAUACUUUAAUAAGCAUCUCUAGGCUCCAGAAAUUACUCAGCUGCUAUGAGCCAAAUGAGCCAGUGAUACUUGGAGAACGCUAUGGCUACGGCUUGGGAUCAGGAGGCUAUAGUUACAUUACUGGUGGAGGAGGGAUGGUCUUCAGUAGAGAAGCAAUCCAAAGAUUAUUCACUAGUAAAUGCCGGUGCUACAGCAAUGAUGCCCCCGAUGAUAUGGUAAUUGGAAUGUGUUUCAGUGGCUUAGGAAUUCCAAUAACACACAGCCCUCUUUUCCAUCAGGCUCGGCCGAUGGAUUACCCAAAGGACUAUCUUUCCCAUCAAGUUCCAAUAUCAUUUCACAAACACUGGAAUGUUGAUCCAAUGAAAAUAUACUUCAGGUGGCUGGCACCAAAAGUGAAAGAUUUGCAGGAUGGAAGUAAACAUGCCAGGGAGGAAUUAUAAUAUAUAUGUGUGCUCACUAUUAGAGCACCUAUUGAAUUUUAUUGUUGUAUUUAUAAUUUCUUGUCACCCAUAUUGUACAGAACACUAAGGGUAUGGUCCAGUACCACUUUUGGCCCACUGCCCUGAUUUCUCCUUCUGGAGCAAUAGAAAUGUGCAUCGCACAAUUGGGAUUGGCUGUCUAGGGACAUGGGAGGCAUGCACAGACCUCUCAUUCCUUAUUCAUUCCUGUGUGCAAAUGCCAAUGGAGGGGAGGGGGAGAAACAGAUCUACAUUGAGCCCUAUGGGACUCCUCCACACAGGCACUGUGUCCAGAGUAGUACUGGAUCAUGUCCUGAAUAUCUCUGUCCAGAACACACACAUACAUAUAUAUGUUUGUUCGUUGUGCUUUAGAGCUUGUAGAAUAAAAUAACUUUGGAACCAUCUGUCAAAUCCUAAGACCUUUUAAAAAUUCUCAACCAUCAGCAAUCAACAUUGAUUUGUUCUCUCUCCCUGCUCCCCUCCUCCUGGUUGUUAGUGGCAUAUUAGGAUAGUGUUAAAUUCUUUUGCAUCUUUAUGUACAAAGAAGAGCUUAGUGUGACUUUGUGUGACUCAUACUAGAGAACUUGUGUGUUGUCAUCAUCUUCUCUCUGUGUAUCAUCUUGCACAUUUAAAUAAAUAUAGUUUAUAGAUAAUUGAAAACAUAAAGGCUUGAUGUUACUAAACAAGCCACAGAAUGUCACUAACUACUGAUAUGCAGAAAACUUUGUUAUUCUUCUGUUAACAAAUGACUCUUAAUGAAUCUUGGAAACUUACUGUUGAGAUACUUAUCUGCUUUAUGUGUCCAUCAUGUAGUUUGUAUGUGCAAGAUUGAAAUCUAGUUGAGUACAUCCAUAAUUGAAGGCCAUGCACCAUAUUUUUUUAUUAUUCAAGGCAUACUAUACAUUUAAAUGCUACAUAUUGAAAAUUGUUUGAUUUCCCCCUGUAUGCAUAAUACAAUUUUGUAGAGCGUAAGUCUGAGCCAAGGGGAGGGGACGUAUUUCCCAAAAACAUCACCACCACCCCU